CAGAUAGCAAACGUGGGACCUUCAUAAAGGCGUGGUGUGAUACUCCUCGAUCGCCCGCGGCCUAUGACAUCAGCCGAGAACGCCUGGGAUGCCGCCGCUCCCGGCCAGACGCAGGAGGAGGAGGGUCCCGCCGCCUAGGAGUUAACAGCCAGCACAGCGAGGGGGAGCCACCAGCGCUCUGGGGACACUGGUUUCGGUCCCUGGCGGCCACUGUCCUCCGACCCAGGGGAGCUCCCGGAGAGCUGGAUGAAUUCUGGGUUGCUAGCUGCGCGCAGCUGGGCUCCCGGGAGCCGGUUCCUGGUGGAAAACAGGGGGCGUCUGGCCACGGGACCAGCGGCUCGCUGAGACUCAACAUGACCCUCCUGGGGGCUGAGCACUCUUUGCUGAUUAGGAGCAAGUUCAGAUCAGUUUUGCAGUUACGACUUCAGCAGAGAAGGGCCCAGGAGCAACUGGCUAGCCAGGGCUUCAUACCACACUAAUCCAAGCCACAGCAGCCACAUACUUACUGCAAAGCCUUGCGCUGAGAGGUCCAACUGUGUUCCAUGAGCAAAGAAAGCAUUCGGACAGUGACCAGACAGAAGACACCCUGCAGCGCAAGGUCAGAAGCAGGCCCGACCGCGCCCACUCGGCUACUAUGCACAUACUCCAGGCCUCCACGGCAGAGAGGUCCCUUCCCGCUGCUCAGAUGAAGCUGAAAAGAGCCCGACUUGCAGAUGAUCUCAACGAAAAAAUUGCUCUCCGGCCGGGGCCGCUGGAGCUGGUGGAGAAGAACAUACUCCCUGUGGAUUCUACUGUGAAAGAGGCCAUCAAAGGGAACCAGGUGAACUUCUCCAAAUCAGCAGAUGCCUUUGCCUUCGAUGAGGACAGCAGCAGCGACGGGCUUUCUCCAGACCACACUCGAAGCGAAGACCCCCAGGGCCCAGCGACAUCCCCCCGAGACACCAAAGCUACGGAGAUCCCUUUGGCAGGUCCUCCGGGGACAAUCCAGGAUCUAACUUCUGGCUCAGAAAAUGACAGGAAUGACCCGGUCUCACAGCCCAGCAACCAGUCAGACACAGGGAAGCAGGGGAUCGGCACCCUCAGCACCACCAACCCCGGGCACGCUGCUGUGAAGUCCAAGUCCUUGAGCGACAGUAAGAACCGCCACAAGAAGCCCAAGGACCCCAAGCCAAAGGUGAAGAAGCUCAAGUACCACCAGUACAUCCCCCCGGACCAGAAGGCGGAGAAGUCGCCGCCGCCCAUGGACUCGGCCUAUGCGCGGCUGCUACAGCAGCAGCAGCUGUUCCUGCAGCUGCAGAUCCUCAGCCAGCAGCAGCAGCAGCGCUUCGGCUACACCAGCAUCCACCCCACUCAGCUCAAGGAACCAAACGAGCAGAUGGUCAGAAAUCCAAACUCUUCUUCAACACCACUGAGCAGUACCCCUUUGUCUCCUGUCAAAAACAGCUUUUCUGGACAAACCGGUGUCUCUUCUCUCAAGCCAGGCCCACUUCCAUCAAACCUGGAUGAUCUGAAGGUGUCCGAGUUAAGACAGCAGCUUCGGCUCCGCGGCCUGCCCGUGUCAGGCACCAAGACGGCGCUCAUGGACCGGCUGCGGCCCUUCCAGGACUGCGCGGGGAGCCCCGUGCCCAGCUUCGGGGACAUCACCACCGUCACCUUUCCCGUCACGCCCACCGGCGCCCUGCCCCAUUACCAGUCCUCCCCGUCCGCCGGCGCCUUGUCCAAUGGCUUCUACCACUUCGGCAGCACCAGCUCCAGCCCCCCCAUCUCGCCCACCUCGUCCGACCUGUCGCUGGCCGGGUCCCUGCCCGACACCUUCCACGACGCGUCGCCCUCCUUCGGGCUGCACCCGUCCCCCGGGCGCCUGGGCCCCGACGACAGCCUGGUGGGCAGCCUGAGCGGCGGCGGCAGCGUCCCUCCCGAGCUGGACGGGCUGGACUCCGAGAAAGACAAGAUGCUGGUGGAGAAGCAGAAGGUGAUCAACGAGCUCACCUGGAAGCUGCAGCAGGAGCAGCGGCACGUGGAGGAGCUGCGCCUGCAGCUGCAGAAGCAGAAGCGGAGCAAGGGCGCCGCCGAGCAGGAGCCGCCGCCCUUCCUGGGGGCGCCCAUCAAGCAGGAGGACGCGGCCUCCAGCUGCCCCUUCGCCGCCCGGCAGGUCUCUGCGCACAGACCCGGCGGCGCGGACGGCCAGGCGCCGGCGGGCGGCGCUGCUGCGCUCCUGCUGCCCCCGGGCGGCAGCCUCGGCCUGGAGCCCGCGGGCCAAGCCCACGCGCUUCCCUCCACCUUCCUCAGCCCGCAGUGCUCGCCGCAGCACUCGCCGCUCGGGGCCGUGAAAAGCCCGCAGCACAUCAGCUUGCCCCCAUCGCCGAACAACCAUUACUUCCUACCUUCGUCCGCUGGUGCUCAGGGAGAAGGGCACGGGGCCUCCUCACCUGCCAGCACCCAGGUGUCUACUGCACAGAACUCAGGGGCACACGAGGGCCAUCCUGCAAGCUUCUCCCCCCAGCCUUCUGGCCUCCACCCCCCUUUCUCUGGAGCCCAGGCAGACAGCAGUCAUGGUGCUAUGGGCAAUCCUUGUCCCCAAAGCCCAGGUGUACAGCCAAAGAUGGCUGGUUUGCAGUCUUCUGAUAAAGCAGGACCAAAGUUUUCAAUUCCAUCCCCAACAUUUCCUAAGUCAACUUCAACAGUUGCAGAGAUAACACAGCCUCCAUCCUAUGAAGAUGCAGUAAAGCAGCAAAUGACUCGCAGUCAGCAGAUGGACGAACUCCUGGAUGUCCUCAUUGAAAGUGGAGAAAUGCCAGCUGAUGCCAGAGAGGAUCAUUCGUGUCUUCAAAAGGUGCCAAAGAUGCCUAGGUCUUCCCGAAGCCCCACUGCUGCCCUCCCCAAGCCUUCUGCUCCCUUUGAACAAGCGUCUUCAGGAGGCCAGCUCUCAUUUGAUCACUACGGCACGGACAGUGAUGAGCACCUUGAAGUCUUAUUAAAUUCCCACAGCCCCUUGGGAAAGGUGAGCGAUGUUGCCCUUCUAAAACUUGGGAGUGAGGAGCCCUCUUUCGAUGGCAUAAUGGAUGGAUUCUCUGGGAAGGCUGCAGAAGACCUCUUCAAUGCGCACGAGAUCUUGCCAGGUCCCCUCUCCCCGAUACACACUCAGUUUUCACCUUCUUCUGUGGACAGCAGUGGGCUGCAGUUAAGCUUCACUGAAUCUCCCUGGGAAACCAUGGAGUGGCUGGACCUCACUCCCCCAAGUUCCACACCAAGCUUCAGCUCACUCAGCACCGGCGGGCCUAGCAUCUUCAACAUCGAUUUUCUGGAUGUCACAGAUCUGAAUUUGAAUUCCCCCAUGGACCUGCACUUACAGCAGUGGUAGAAUGCCUGAUGCAAAAAUGCUAAGGAAGGCCAAUAGGAAUUCUACAACCACAAAUACUUGUAUUGUAUUACCCAAAAGGAGGAGCAGGAGAAGGGGGAGGCAGAGGAGGAAGAAAUUUAAAAGAAGCAGUGGAGAUUUCUAUGACUAUCAACAGCACAAAUAGGAGUCCUUUAUAUAUAUAUAUAUAUAGUAAUACUUCCAACAUUCAAUGACUGUUACUGAUUUUAACAAUGCACUUAAAAUGUGCUUUCUCAGAUCAAGAAUGCCAAAAAAAAAAAAAUCUUUCACUACCUUUUCAAACACCAAUAUAUUUUCUAGCCCAUUUUUAAUUAAGACAUUGUUGGGGCAUAAUCUCACUUUGUAAGCUUUUCUCGUGAAUUUAUUGGAAAAAAAAUGUAAACUUGGGAGUUCAGGGAAGUCAAUCCAUCAAAGGUUAUAGAAGACACACCUGUGAUGGAGGCUGAUUCUCAUAGCUCCAUUACUGUCUUCCAAAAUACAAAUAAGGCCCAGUUUCAGUUACGGAGUUCUUGAGGCAGAAUAGAGGGGCAGAACCAAUUCAUUCCCAGGGGAGAAAAAUCAACUCAGUGUCCCUUGGCCACAAAACUGCCCCAUUGGAACGAUUUCCAAUCUCCUACCCAGGAGUCUGUGUGGUCACUGAUAAAAACUGACCCGCCAUUGUUGCAGAGAACCCUUCACGGAACUUCCCUUUUUCUUAACCAAUUAGCUGCAUCACUCCCACUCUCUCUGUGGUGGGAAGCAUUGUGAAACAGGCAAGAAACUCCUGCCAUGGGAGGUUCUCCAGCACCACCCUCCUUAGUUCCAAAGACUAGUGCUGACCUAAGCAGAUGAAAGGACCGCUCUAGCCUCAGGGAGCCAUGUCAGGGAUCACUCAGACAGCGCUAGAGAACACUGUUUCCUAUAUCAUGGGAAUACCAGUAAGCCAUAGGCUAUUAUAACAGGACUAUGUGUGAGGCCCAACUUCUUUUUCUGGAAUGGGCAUGGUCUUGUUUAUUUUUCUCCCACUCAACUUUUCUUUCAAGAGACCAAUCCCUCUUGCUCCUCAUUCAGAUAUAUUUCUUUUUUUGCUCUGACAUUGGGAGAAGAGGACUUCUUACUGUAGAUCUAAUAAGCUGCCAUACUCCUAAUAAAGCCAUAUUUCAAAAAGCUAAAACUCCAGGUUUUCCUGGAAAACUCAUUCUCCAUAUGCAUAAUUUGCUGCAGAAGGAAGUUGAAAGAAUGUCUUUAGGAAGAAACUGGUGACUUGGCCCAUCAGUCACCAUGCUCAUUCUCCCCUCGUUUGAUUUGCAGCAAUCAUUGAUUUGGGAAAUUGGAAAUCAUUAUAUUGUAGAGAUACAAGGAGAGAGUGUUUUAGGCAUGGAUUUCUGAAAGAAAACACAAUUGUGUGUUGAAAACAGUGGGAGGAAGAAAAGACAGUGGUGUCGUGUGCAUUCCUCAUUACCUCUCACGCUUGUGCUGGGGGUUGGAAAACUCAGCUGUCGGGACGGUCUCCCCAAGGUGCACUGUGGCUCACCGUGUUUAUAGUGUUGCAUGCCGUAGAAAGUAGCUGUUGUUGUUGUUUUAAUUUAAAUCACUAAGGCACUGUUUUCUUAUUUUGUAAAAAAUGUUGUUCACUGUGCACUUAUGGAGAAAAUAACCAAAAAUGUUGUGAUUUUAGAAGUUCUUUUUUUGAUAAACCAAAGAUUUAGAAAUCAUUCCAUUGUUAACUUGUAAAACUUGUGUGAACAGAGUUUUUGGUGACUGUUACUCUGAAAGCUGCCAGAGCUUAUUAAGGGUGGGGGAUAUGUAUAUAUAUAUGUGUGUGUGUGUCUAUGUGUGUACACAUAUAUACAUACAUGUGUAUAGACACAUACACAUGUGUGUAUGAAUCUUGUAAAGCAGUGUUACAGAGAUCUAUACCAAAAACCUUUAAGCCUCAAUCUGCUGUGAAAUGAUACUUGGUCUUUCUCACUACGAGUUUCUAAUUAACCAACCAGACUACACAUUGCCUCUCUGUGUGUGACUGAGGCUCCAGCCGAUGACUCACAGCCACUUGCUUACUGUGAACAAGCUCAUAUUGACAGUGGACAUGGAUGUGAAAGACAGAACAGCUUCACCAUUAGCAGCUGGAAACGGCAAUACAGUCUCUCCUGGAGAGCAUAAAAGGAACAUUAAAACCCUUUUACAUUCCUUGAUCUGCAUUGCGCUUUAAGAGAUCCACAUGGUAAAUUUUUCAUUUUGCUUUUAUGUCGGUCAUCAGAACCAAAAAUCUAGGGGGGCCUGGAGGGGAUGACCAAUCUUUUCUUUGAAGAUGAAGCAUGGGGAAGAAACCCUUAUUAACACAUUCCUCACAUUUGUUUAUUCCUCAGAUCUUGAAAUUCUAUUUGGAUCUUAACAAAGCUUGCUGGUCAGUACAUUUUUCAUGUGUUACGUUGUGUGAUUUGUGUGUUAUCCUCCCCACCCUUUACUUCCUUUGGAAAACAAACUCAUAGUGUCCCUCCUCUGAGACAAUAGUCUGAGUGUUAAUUAUUUUUUCCUUUGGGUCGUCCCAUCUGAAGAAAUAGACUUGGUUAGGAGGCCUCUGCACUUUGCAAGUUUCUGCAUCUUUAGGGAUCUUUUUAGGUUAUUACCUUGUACACACCUCACAGCUGACAAAAGACGGACCCUACUUGCUGCUGCAAACCAACACACUUAACACAGAUCAGACCUUGGAUUAUUGAUCUCAACCUCCUUCCACAGUCUCCACACAGCAUACUCACUCUGUCUCUUCAUAGCUCAGGUGUAUUUGUGGGAUAAAACCGGGGAUAAUUGGGAGAAAUUUGAUGAAGUUGGCUUCUCCCCAUGGAUCUGGUCAUUCAUGUUAAUUCAUCUGUCUCCUAUUGGGGAUUUUAAGUUCUUUUAAUCUCUUAGUUGUGUCCUCUGUUGUGGUGACAAAUUGGGCCUGAUAAAAAGAUGUACAGAGACUUAUAAAGAUGGCCACAUCCAUGUUUCUUAAUUAUCUUAGACCUGAAAAUAACUACCUGUGGUUUUCUUAAUACUCUUGGCACCCCAUGGUGCAGCAGACCUGCAGACAUUUGCAGACAUUUGAAUGCUGAUGCAGUCCCUUAGGUUAGACUUUCCAAAGGAGUAGAAAAUUCAUUUGUGCAAAUGCUGUCAUUAAGCCGGUGCUUAUUAGUUGUAGCCCUGCUUCUAACAAUGUUAUUGAUAUGACACACAUGUUAUAUUAUGAGGGAGAGAGAGGAAAGGGGGGAGGGAAGGAGGAGGGAGAAAGGAAAAGAAGGAA